AUAAGACAUAAUCGAUAAAUAUGCACAGCAUUCAACAAUUACUUGCAUUAAAUUCUUGUCACAUUGUCAUUUAUUUUGUUUAAACUUAAUAAUUGCAAUUAUGCCUCACGGACAUUCACACGAUCAUGGACAUGGUUGUAGCCACGAGGCAACCGAUGUUGACCACGCACUGGAAAUGGGCAUCGAGUAUAGUUUGUUUACAAAAAUCGACCUCGAGAAUACGGAAUGUUUGAACGAAGAGACCGACGGCAGCGGCAAAACUGUAUUUAAGCCCUACGAAAACCGCCUGGACACGAGUAAGUUUGUGCAAAGCGAUGCAGACGAGGAACUGCUAUUCAACAUACCGUUCACCGGCAACAUAAAGCUAAAGGGGAUUAUUAUAAGCGGUGCCAAUGAUGAUUCCCAUCCUAACAAGGUCAAAAUUUUCAAGAAUCGGCCAAAGAUGACAUUCGAUGAUGCCAAAGCCAAGGCGGAUCAGGAGUUUGAGCUAACGCGGGAUGCACGGGGAGAAAUCGAGUACUCACCCAAAGUUGUCACCUUUUCCUCGGUGCAUCAUUUGUCGCUGUAUUUUCCAAGCAAUUUUGGCGAUGACAACACGCGCAUCUAUUACAUUGGACUUCGCGGAGAGUUCAGUGAAGCCCAUUACCAUGGUGUUACUAUUUGCAACUAUGAGGCGAGAGCGAAUGCCGCCGAUCACAAAGAUAAGGCUUUUGAUGGCGUUGGUCGUGCUAUCCAAUAAGUUUAAAAAGAAUAUCAAAUAAAUGUUUAGAACUGAAAACUGUAAUACUUACUGAUUGAUGGAAUUGUAAUGAACUUGUACAGCUUAUAAAAAAGAGAUGUUUCUUUAAUUUA